AUUUCAGCGAUUUCUGGCGGUAACAUUUACGUACUUAUACUCAUGUACAAACAUAAAUACACAGCUCGUUUUUAGCUUAGUUUGUUACGUCAACCUGCCAGAUUGACAUUGCACCGUACUGACUCGAUAAGCAAAUCAGACCUUGCUUCUGACCCGUGUCAUCUUUGUAAAGUCUUAGUGUUAGAAGUGGUCUACUGCUUUAUGUCUUUGAAUUCUGGUGAAUCUAGAUCCAUCAUAUUGGAGUCGUGUAACGCUAGAAGAAUUGAAACCUAAUUGUUUUUACAGUUGACAAGCAUAAAUCAAGAUCAACGAAAUUCAAAUUGAUUUUGAAGAUAGUUUUGAACAUUCUAAAGCCAACGCAACUAAAAGCUCCUGUAGCGAAAUAUGACAUCCUUGCGACGACCGGAGCAAAAUAGCACAGGGGGCAACCGCUUCCGCUUGCCCGCACUGCUAAAUAAUUUCGGGUGGAGAAAUCGUGUGCAUGUGCUGACCUCCUUGUGCAUAUUUGCCGAAACUGCAGACGCAGCAGCGACCUCCUGGAGUGCACACUCAGACCCACCUCCUGCAGCAGCUAGUUCUUUUGCCAGCUCAACGACACCAGGCUCUCUUCCAUCGACCGCGCCGCCGCGUCAAAUUGGGCAAAAGCCAAGCCUUGCAGACUCGAUUGCCCAGGCCCAGCUAGUUGCAGCAACUCGCCAACAGUGGGCGGAUUAUACUGCUGCGUCGCCAGGCUUCUGGUCUGAACCAUGUCCAUGCGGUUCUUCCGACCAAGCUUGGGCAAGUGCAGCUGCUCUAGGCGAAGAUAGUUGUUACUUCACUCACCAUGCGAGUGGGUUUCCGGGGCCGUUUCCCGUUCUCGCUGCAGCUCCAUAUCGUCCUCAUCCUGGUUCUUUCACUCCGGUGGAUGGAGUGUGUGCCUCAACAAGCCAGCCACUGCAAUUUGACCAGGUCUUUCCAGGCCAGCAACCUGCCGGAUACGUGUCUGUUCCUUUCCUGGUUCCAAUAGACCACCAUUGCGAACAAGUAAAACGAAAAGGAAAAAGGGAACCUCCUCGGUGGAAUCAACGAAGUCAAAGCUACAUGUGGCAGCUACGGGAAGAGCGUCGCUCGGGCAACAUGGCUCAUCAUGGUGAGCAGAAGCACGCUGCACGGACCCAGUGCCAGGAAGGUGGACAGUCACCGGCAGUGGCAGGAGCGAAGGUUUGCGGUAGUUCCAGUUUUGGAGAAGGUCCCAAGGACCAGCAAAAGCCCGAGCAUCGUCCGCUUUUUAACGCCCACGAGAUUGAAAAAAGCACCGCCUUUUUGCACGAAAUCUACCAGGGACUUUUGGAUUUGGAAUAUGGUGGAAAACCUCAGCCGCCGGUCGACGUGGAGUGUGUCCUAUCGUUGUUGAAAAGUGUUGCACCGCGCAGCCAAAGUAGUUCACACCGUACGACUCCGGUCCAAGCGCAAACUCGAUCUGCCUUAAAAUGUUCCCUCCAAAAGGUGCUCGAGGAGCAAGGGCUUGGCACUUUACUAGAAAGGACUUUUGCUCGGGAGCAGGAGGGGCAGCGCGGGAGCUACUCCUGCUGUCUCUCCGGUGGUAGUAGUAGCAGCACUACUAAGCCUUCGGGGGCCAAAAUGGAAGUACCACAACUGGAACGAAAAACAAACUACACGCGCCCGAAAACUCCGCUGCUAGCCAAUGCCGAUAAUAAUUACAAAAAGGAGAGCGACACGGAGCGUUGUGCUCGUCUACGUCUGUCGCGUGCAUCUCCUGCAUCAGCGUCGACUUGUACGUCCGCCACCCAAAGUCGCCGAAACAGCGGCGAUUCAGUUGGGUGCGCGGCCCUGGCGGGCAGCACACCAACUCCAACAACUGCCACUACGUUAACCUCUACUGGAACCGACUCUGCCGCUUCCACUCCCUUUUUGACUCGGCGUAUGCAAAGAGAAAAUUCGUUUUCGUCCUCUUGUAGUACAGUGUCACUAGCUGCAGGAGGAGAUGCCUCUCGCUCCUCUCCGGUUCUUGCGAACAAGACCACUGUGAAGAACCAACGUGGAGCUUCGCCGCAAAAUUGCUGGGCGGACCUUGAAGACAGUGACAAGGAGCUUGGAGGCCCCGGCGUCGAGCAAGAUUCAGAUGCGGAUUCACGUAGCGAACCAGCCCAGUCGGGCAGCAAAGCCCCGGCGCCCUUCGCCUGUAUAUUUCGCACUGUGCAAGACCAAGAGCAACUACCCGAUGCCGAGUACGAGCAGAGAGGCGAAGCUGCACCUGCAGGGGCUGCUCCUGCUGAUGCUGAUAAAAAUGCAGGGCCCUCGCUGGCCACCUGCGCUGUGCGCCCGAUGAAGUCUUGGGCCGACGAGGAGGAAGAGUGCCCGUGGGCCCGACAGCGCAGUAGCGGCGGCCAGUUGUCCUCCUUCGCGUCGUGUGUGCACCAUCUGUGUGAGCCUGCUGAUGGUGUUGACAAACAGGGACACGAAGAGCCGACGCCAGUGGCAUUUGAAGAUGGACGAAUGGACAUGGAGAUGAGCUGGACAUGUUCAUCUCUUUGUCGAGAUAAGAGAGACGAACUGCAAAAGGUACACGAACUACAGGACCGUCUUACCGCUCACGACAGUACAGGCACGGUGCAACCAAAGACUGUCUUGAUGAAUCAUCGAGAAGAUGUUGAUGGCCUCACCGACGAGUUUUCGGAAAGAGCUAUUGUGAAGAAAAACAUCGGCAUAAGUUUUUUGGAUGGCGGAAGUAGUGAAGACGAGGACAUGCAUUCGUUGGUUGGCGACGUGCAAAAGUUUCGAUUGAGCGAUGCACCGUUCGGAACUACCACUGUCAAUCAGUACCACGCAGCACUAGCUCACACUCGUCAAAAGAAUUUCAAUGGCAAGAGAGGGCCGGUUGGCAAAGGGUCGCGGGACUGGCAUACGCGCAGCACAAGCGCCUACCAAUCUGCGACAGUUCCUUGGUCAGCGGAAUCGCAGCCCAGUUCAGGAGGCUGGAGGGAUGCCACUCGAGGAUGCUGGGGCGGGAAAAAUAAAAAAGGCGGCGAAAAAUCGAAGGGAAAGGGAGCAGGUGCAAACUCUUGGCUCGACUCUAGCGGAAAGCUUUGGCAGCCAACACUUCACCAUUGGUAAAAGAAGUCAGCGCGGGCGUCGCGAUGGAGAUCAAAUAUUCAACAAUCGUAAAUUACGCUGCCGUCUCAUCUCGACUUUUUUAUGCACUCUUAAAUCAACAUGACUCCGUUUCGACUGAAUGAUUUCUCUGCAUUUUGCGCUUUUUCUCGUGUUUUCCGCACGAUGAUGUCUGCAUUUCUAUAUUGUAUUGAUUAAAGUUGGGAGUGAAGAUAGCGGUCAUGGGUCCGCACGGCGGUAAUCUACUUUUUAUGUCUAUUGCCUUUCGCCUUGUAAACCAUGAGCGAGUUCGUGAUCAUGGGCUCUACUAGUUCUAGUACUAUCGCAGCUGGACGCGCGAGGGUGCCUGUUUCGAGUGCAACCAUAUCCAUGACCCCUGGAUUUCUGUAAAGACGCACUAUUUAGGCGAAAUAGAACGAUGCACUUCCUCGCGACGUUCUUGCUCAGGACGAGCAGAUCCAUCUUAUUUGUUUUCUUUUUUCUACUCUGUUAGAAGUGGUUAAAAUUAUGAAAGCACUGCACUUUUAUACACAAAAAAUAAUGCGAAUGCCUAUUAUUUAAUGCUCAGCAUCAGUGCGUUAUGGUACAGAGCUAAAUUUCAAACUUCCUUUGGGUUUUACUUUUCAAUAUACGCAAAAUAUAAAAGUUGCUUUCAUUCUACUGUAGAUUGGUCUUCAGCAUCAGCUUUUCAGUGAUAUACAUAGUGGCUUCGAAUAUUUUUCAAUUCUAGUUGAUCAAUUGCACCAUCCCGCAGUAGAAAACAGGCCAACUCUGCAUGAUUUUCUAUUGCACCAUCCCGCGCAGGUUGUGUAUGGUGUGUGCUGGUGUCGGACGCAGCACUACAAAUGGAGGUUUGAACACGAAGUCCAACUAUUGCGUUAUCCUUCUCCGUGCGCAGGAGGUCGUAUGAUGUGAUCUCUUUUUUCGGACGGUACAGUUCUGGUUUGGAAGAAUAAUGCGCCGCGUCCACAACUUGAACACCCAAAGACGACGUGUACGAUGAUUGUUAGAAUAUUUCAAUUUUAUCAUUCGGGAUACUUAUCGGGGGGGAUAAAGAAAGUAAAAUGCAACAAAUACAUGGAAGCGCAGAAAAUGAAAACGCGAAU